AUGUUCAGAUCCAAAUUAUCAUCUCUAAGAGAAUAUUUAACCCCAAUUAAUCAUAGUUCUAAUUUCUCAACCACAGGAGAAAUCAGUCCUGAAGAAUUCGUGAAAGCUGGUGAUUAUUUAGUUUAUAAAUUUCCCACAUGGCAAUGGUCAAGUUGUCCCAAGAAUUUACAAAAAAGUUUCUUGCCUUCUGAUAAACAAUUUUUGAUCACUAGACAUGUGCCUAGUUAUCAAAGGGCUUCUAAUUACUUAGAAGGCGGUGAUGGGAUUGAAGAAGAGGAAGAGGAAGAGAUUGAAGGUGAGGAUGGAGAAGAUGGGUGGGUUAAGUCGAAAAAAGUGGCGACCAGUCAUGCAACUGAUAAGGCAGAUCAAGCAGAGGAGAUAGAAGAAGAAGAGGGGAAGAAGAAGGAUAAUGAGGAAGAAGAGCCGGUAUACAUUUCUAAUGAUAUCGAUGAAUUCAUAGAUGAAACUGCUGAGGAUGAUGAGGACGGAGAAGAGGUUGAAGAUGAUUUCGAAGAUAUUCGUGGAGAUUCAAAUAAUAGUCUUAGGAAAUAUGAUUUAUACAUUACAUAUUCAACCUCAUAUCGUGUUCCUAAGAUGUAUUUAGUUGGGUUUGAUUCUAAUGGUAUACCGCUUUUACCUAAACAAAUGUUUGAAGAUAUUAAUUCGGAUUAUAAAGAUAAGACAGUUACUAUUGAAAAUUUACCAGUUGCUUAUAAUACCACUUCAAUUUCGAUCCAUCCAUGCAGACAUGCUUCUGUUAUGAAGGUAUUGAUGAAACAUUCAAAAUUGAAGAAACAAAAGGAAGAGGGUGAUAGUGCCCAGGAAUUGGAAGAAAGGACUGCAAAUCUUUCUGUAGAAGACAGGCAAGUAACAGAAGAAGAAGAACAACCAGAAGGUAUUAGAGUAGACCAAUAUUUAAUUAUCUUUUUGAAGUUUAUUGCUAGCGUAACCCCCGGUAUUGAGUACGAUUAUACCAUGGAUGCUUUAUAA